GCGGCGCUGUAGUCACAGGUAGACCGGGAUUAGGCAUUUACUCCAGGGGACCCCUUUUAGGCUUGGGCGCCUUCUCGUUGAUUUAUCUCACAUCUGAACGUGUUUUCUCUUCAUUUCACAAUUUCCUCUCGUUUGGGUGCCAACGCAAGGGCAUUUAACCUGCAAAAAUGGACAUUUGCAAACGUUUUACAGAAAGUAUGGACCAGUUGUAAAUCAAACAAACAUUGAACAACUAAACAGCCGAAGAACGACCGAAAAGAGGGAUCACUAAAGGGGAUGCUGGACCAAUGAGAACCAUGCGCGUCAUGUGGUCAGUUGUCACGGCUCUCCUCGUCGCCAUGCUCUUUGGUAUCAUCCAAUCAGAACUGCAGGAAGGAGCCCUCGUUCCAGAUACAGACACCCAGGAUAAGGCCAGUGAAAAUGCCACUCCCACCCCCUCGUCUGAACAUGAGGAUGACAACUCUCUAGGCUAUACAGGAUCUCGUCUGCGUCAGGAUGACUCCCCUCCUCGGAUCGUGGAGCACCCCUCUGACCUCAUCGUGUCCAAGGGGGAGCCGGCCACCCUCAACUGCAAGGCGGAGGGGCGUCCCGCCCCCACGGUGGAGUGGUACAAGGACGGGGAGCGGGUGGAGACAGACCGGGACAACCCCCGUUCCCACCGCAUGCUGCUGCCCAGCGGCUCCCUCUUCUUCCUGCGCAUCGUCCACGGCCGACGCAGCAAGCCAGAUGACGGCAGCUACGUGUGUGUGGCCCGUAACUACCUGGGCCAGGCCGUCAGCCACAACGCCUCGCUGGAAGUAGCCAUACUGCGUGAUGACUUUAGACAGAACCCAGCGGAUGUGAUGGUGGCGGCGGGUGAACCUGCUGUACUGGAGUGCCAACCCCCCCGUGGGCAUCCUGAGCCCACCAUCUCAUGGAGGAAAGACGGUACCAACAUCAAUGACAGGGAUGAGCGCAUCACGAUCCGCAGUGGGAAGCUGAUGAUCACCAACGCCAGGAAGAGUGACGCAGGGAAAUACAUUUGUGUGGGGACCAACAUGGUGGGAGAGAGGGAGAGUGAGAUUGCAGAACUGACUGUACUAGAGCGCCCAGGGUUUGUGAAGAGGCCCAGUAGUAUUAUGGUGCUGGCAGAUGAGAGUGUGGAGUUCAACUGUGAGGCGCGGGGAGAUCCGGUCCCCACUGUCCGCUGGAGGAAAGAGGAUGCAGACCUGCCCAAGGGGAGGUAUGAGAUCCUAGAGGAUCACACCCUGAGCGUGCGUGGUGUAAGACUGUCAGACGAGGGCUCCUACACGUGUGUUGUAGAGAACAUGGUGGGAAAGGCUGAGGCGUCCGCUACGCUGACCGUACACGUCUUCACUGUGCCCCCAGCGUUUGCCAUGCGCCCCAGAAACCAGGUGGUGGCAGUGGGGAGAAUGGUCACCUUCCAGUGUGAGGCCACUGGAAACCCCCAGCCUGCUAUCUUCUGGCAGAGGGAGGGCAGCAAUAGCCUGCUGUUCUCCUACCAGCCCCCGCAGCCCUUCAGCCGUCUCUCUGUGUCCCAGACUGGCAGUCUGACCAUCGCAGAUGCCCAGCGCUCUGACGCCGGCUACUACAGCUGUCAGGCCCUCAACAUCGCUGGCUCCGUCAUCACCAAGGCCCUGCUGGAGGUCACUGACAUGGUGUCGGACCGCCCCCCUCCUGUGAUCCGACAGGGCCCGUCCAAUCAUACGGUACCUGUGGACAGCACAGUGGUCCUGGGUUGCCAAGCAACAGGGACCCCCACUCCAACAGUCCACUGGAAGAAAGACGGGGUGGUGGUGUCCCCCGAGGAGGCCCGCAUCACCCAGAUAGACACAGGAGCCCUGCAGAUCCGCUACGCUAAGCUUGGAGAUACAGGCAUCUACACAUGCGUGGCGUCCAGCCCCAGUGGAGAGGCAUCCUGGAGGGCUUACCUGGAGGUGGAAGAGUUUGGAGUAGUUGUCCAGCCAGGUCGACCCACAGACCCUAACCUGAUCCCCAGUGGCCCGUCCAAGCCUGACGUGACUGACGUGAGCCGCACCUCUGUCACUCUGUCCUGGAAAUCCAACUCAAACGCUGGGGCCACGCCCACCUCCUAUGUCAUCGAGGCAUUCAGUCACGCGUCGGGGAGUAGCUGGGUGACUCUGGCUGACCACGUGAAGAUGGAGACCUUUGUCCUGAAGAACCUCAAGCCAGGUGCAGUAUACCUGUUUCUGGUGAGAGCAGCCAACGCCUAUGGCCUCAGUGACCCCAGCCCCAUCACUGAUGCAGUCAGGACACAAGACACCCCUCCCACCAGCCAGGGGGUAGACCACCGUCAGAUCCAGAGGGAGCUGGGGGAUGUGGUGGUCCAUCUCCACAACCCCACUAUCCUCUCUUCCUCCUCCGUCAGGGUGCAGUGGACGGUGGAGCAGCAGUCUCCGUACAUCCAAGGUUACAAGGUGAUGUACAGGGCGUCUGCUGAGCUGGGCCAGCCGGGGGGACAGUGGAGCGAGUUUGAAGUGCGGAACCCUGGAGAGGACGGUGCUGUGGUGCCUCAGCUGAAGAAGGGGGUCACCUACGAGUUCAAAGUGCGUCCCUUCUUCGAUGAAUUCCAGGGAGCGGACAGCGAGGUGAAGGUGGCCAGGACGCCUGAGGAAGCCCCCAGUGGAGCCCCCCGGGGCGUUACCGUGACGAAGAGUGAUGCCAAUGGGACCGCCAUCCUGGUCGCCUGGCAACCGCCUCCCGAGGAGGAACAGAACGGAAUGGUACAGGAGUACAAGAUCUGGUGCCUGGGCAACGAGAGUCGUUACCACGUAAACCGGACAGUAGAUGGCUACACCUUCUCCGUGCUGAUCCCCAGCCUGGCGCCAGGGAUACGCUACAGCGUGGAGGUCGCUGCUAGCAACGGCGCUGGCCCAGGGGUCAAGAGUGACGUCACCUUCUUUCAACUUGACUCUACAGGUCAGAUGUUAGACAGUCGUGAGGACCAGGACACGCUGUCUCAGAUCUCAAACGUGGUCAAGCAGCCGGCGUUCAUUGCAGGCAUUGGCGCUACCUGCUGGGUGGUCCUCAUGGUGUUCAGUGUGUGGCUUUACCGCCACCGCAAGAAGAGGAGUGGCCUCAGCAGCAGCUACGCCGGCAUACGCAAAGUUCCAUCAUUCACCUUCACUCCUACAGUGAACUAUCAGAGAGGAGGAGAGUCUGUCUGCAGUGCUGGGAGACCCGGGCUGCUGAACAUGGGGGAGAGUGUGAACCAGCCGUGGCUGCCAGACUCCUGGCCCAACACCUGUGCCAACCACAAAGACUGCAGCAUCAACUGCUGCAACACUGGAAAUGGCACCAGCGACAGCAACAUGACCACCUACAGCCGCCCAGCCGACUGCCUCGCCAACUAUGGCAGCCAGUUGGAGAACCAGCAGGGGGGGGGUCUACUGGGGCCUGAACAGGCUGUGUACAGCGACGUGGACCUCUCCAACAAACUCAACGAGCUCAAGACCUUCAACAACCCCAGCCUGUGCUACAUGGGCCCAGGGGCAGGUCCGCCCACCCCCUACGAGCCCACCCCCUACGCCACCACCCAGCUCAUCCAGUCCAGCAUCCUGAACAAGGCUGCAGCAGCUGGGGCCGCGGCUGGGGCCCCUGAUAUACGUUGUUGGAACCAGCCCCCCUCCCAGCUGCAGAAAGCACAUAUGCAGUACAACAUCAUGGAGCAGAGCAACAGGCUUAAUAAAGACCACUAUAGAGGAGAUGGGCCCCUGCAAGGCACCGUCCCGUACAACCAGGCCCACGAACACAGCACAGGAGGCUCCCACCACAGCUCUGACAGGGGCAGCAACAGCACCUCUGGGAGCCAAAGUCAUAAGAAGGGAACUCGCACUCCCAAACUGCCCAAAACUAACACAGUGAACCGGGGUGAACUUCUGCCCCCUGCCCCUGCCAUCCCCCCACCAAGCCGGAGCUGUGACGAGUAUACCCUGCCCAUGGAAAAAAGCUUUAACCCAGAUGCCCUAUGCCCAAUGCUUCCCUCGCGGAUGUACCUGCAUCCGGAUGAGAUGGAGGAAGAGGAGGCGGAGGAAGGGAUGGAUAGGUGUCCCACCCCCCCUGUCAGAGGGGCAGCCUCAUCCCCUGCGGGUUUGUCCUACAGUCACCAGUCUACGGCCACUCUCACCCCCUCCCCCCAGGGAGACCAGCACAACGGCCUAUACAAUGGAACAGACCACCACAGACAACACGCGGCCAGCCCCCCUCCUUUUCCGCUCCCCCUCUCCCCUCCACACACCUACGGCUACAUCUCCAGCCCCCUGGCACUGGAUACUGACGGUCAGGAGGAAGAGGAGGAGGAGGAUGAAGAAGAGGCAGGGGAUGAGACGGAUGCAGACAUGGCCCAGGGUCACUACCACCAGCACCAAAAUAACCACCAGCCCCACCAACAACUGCCCCACCACCAGCACCCCCGUUCCCCACGCAGGCUGCAUCUCCGGGGUCUGGAGCAGACGCCGGCCUCCAGCACGGGGGACCUGGAGAGCUCCGUGACGGGCUCCAUGAUUAACGGCUGGGGCUCGGCUUCCGAGGAGGACAAUUGCUCGUCAGGACACUCCAGCGCCGUCAGCUCCUCAGACGGAUCCUUCUUCACAGACGCCGACUUCGCCCAGGCUGUGGCCAACACAGGGGACUACACAGCAGGUCUACGCAUGGCCAGGUUCCCAGAGGACACAGGACCAGCAGGGAGACGGCACCAGCGUCCCAGCAGCCCCCUGUCCACAGACAGCAACAUGAGCUCUGCAAUGAUGCAGAAGAGACCGCCCAAGAGGCACAAGCAGCACCAGGCCCAGGUUGGCCACCAAGGUCACCAGAAGAGGAACGACUUCACAGACGACUCCUGCAUGCCCUUGAAGUCCCCUAGUCACAUGUCGCGGUGUGGCUAUGAGGUGAGGGGUGCCACGCUCCCUAGGAUUGGCUCUGGGGAGAGUCGGGGCCGGAGAGGGAGUGCAGGAGGCCAGAGGACCAGAGAGGGCUCUGUGGAGAGACGGGAGGCCCAGGACAAGAACAGGACUCCAAAGGAAGGCAAGGGUAGCAGCAAAGCCUGUCAAAACCCAGGUUCUGAGGACAUCCCCCCGUACAGCAGGCCCUCCUUCCCCUCGGUGCAGGGCCAGAGCCAGGCUCAGAGCUCCUCCAGCUCCAUGUCCUCCCGGGGCUCAGGGGGACGGAGGAGAGAUGGGGCCCCCGGGGCCCGUAGGAACCCCACAGACACACUGCCCAGCAUCGCAGGCUUCCAGACCCAGGAAGAGGAGCUAGAGCUGCUGGAGAGCUGAGGAUCAUGGGAGAAGGAAAGAAAGGGGGAUCUGACAUCACAAUUCAGUGACUAUUAUGUAAAUUACUUUUCAUAUCAUACAGAACAAAAAAACUGAACAAUAUUUAAUAUUUGUUUUUCGUAUUACAAUUUCUAAUUUGAUGUCCAUCUUGCAAGAAAAAAGAAAGUGAGAAAAAAGGUGCAAUGGCGUUUGAGUCUGUUAACUAAAUAAUUUUUUACUUGACUUGUUGGUUGAGAGCUUGCUUCCAUUUGCCUCGAUGAAAGUAGUCACAGCCUCAAUGAAAGUACAUGCACAUUAGAUGGCUGUUGUCAGUGUAUACAGAGACCUUGUCUUGGACCACCUGCUGUGGUAUCACAGACUGGUCUUGGCCUGUCUGUUGCCCCUGUAAUUAAUAUUUGGACAUCACUAUCCAUCUUGUACAUUUUUGUUAAUUUUACUGCCACAAAAAUUGCUACAAUGGGAAUUUUACAUUUGUUUUUAAUGUAUUUUUGUAAUGCACUGUUUUUGUUUUGUUAUUGAUGUUGGUCUUGUCAAUGUGCGUUAUUUGUUCUACUUUGGUUUCAAAAGCACAAUCACUUAACUUUAUUUUAAACUAUUGUUAUCUAUGACCUUCUGUCAUACAAGAGGAACAAUGAUACACACGAUUGGACCAGUGUUAUGUGUCUUAAUAUUCUGUUUCUGUUAGGGGUUGGGAUGGAAGCGAAACUCCCCUGUCUAGUUUAGGUUCAAUUGAAACCACAGUGUUUAUUUGGACUCAAGGGGACACUGCCCAAAGCAGUGAUUGCAUUCAUAGAUUUAUUAUGGCCAAACUACUAUGUUAAUCGGACUAUACUCUCAUGUCUAAAAAUGCACUUAUGAGGAAGUGAGAGAGACAGUAGACAAGCUGAGGGAUACAUUGUACCAAUAGAGAAGGAUGAGGACGCCCCAUUAGUAGGAGUCUCCCCAUUAGUAGGGAAUGUUGAUGGAUCCAUCCUGGAAAAUUGAUUUCUCCAUGCCUGAUGAUGGGUAGCAUUUUCUCCAUGAGCAACCAGCACACAGUGACACAUCCACCAUGGUUUCCCAGCAAGACAGAGGGCAGAGGAAAGUGACAUUAAUACUUACCCUGAAGAAGGACUCUAUUACAGAAAGAGGACAACUGGUGACAAAGACUGGGACUUGAAAAUGCUGCAGCUUGGAGAUGGAACAGCAUGUUGGGUUUAGCUUCGUUUUGGCUACAUCUAGGCCAAGCUUUGGGUACUUUUUUUUGCUUCCUACACAUCUACAGAAUGUGUGAAACAUUGUUCGCUGAGGACACGUGACAUUUGUUUGGAGUUUGCCAUGUUUUAAAGAAUUGCAACUAUGUUCAUGAUGUCAGCCAUGGUAUUUCAUUACUGAGUAUGUUAUAAACGGGAUGAAAAAAAUAUUGUCAUUUUUACCACAUUAUUUAUUAUUAAAAUGUCUUCAAAUGCCA